UCAGCUUUUGCGCAGGCGCCGUGUGGCCAAGGUGUGCAUGUGUGAAGCCUAGAUUCCGGGAGAGAGAGUCACUAGAAUUAAGUGGUGACUGAGGGGUGGGAACGGAGAGAUCAGCCAUGCCUAAGGGAGGAAAGCAGCAGCAGCCUCAGGAAGAAUGGAUCGGAGACGAAGAGAAGAACUGCCCCACAGAGGGGGCUGGAGACAAACUGGUAAAGAAGGGGAAGAAGGAUAAGAAGACCAAAAAGUCGUUCUUCAAGGAACUGGCUGUAGACGAGAAGCAUGCCAAUGAGGAGGAGGUAGCUGAGAAGGAAAAGGAGCAGCAGCAGCAACAGCAGCAGCAGCAAAAGAAAAAGAAAGAGAGAAAAAAGGAUCAAAGGAAAAAAGAGGUGGAGGAAGACAAAGAAGAGAACCAGCUGAUAGAGAGGCUGAAGAAGUUAUCUGCCCAAGCCAGCGAUGAGGAAGAAGAAGUGUCUGUCCCCAUCAGCAAAGCAAACAAGAAAAAAAAGGGAGGAAAUGUGUUUGCUGCCUUGAGUCAGGAGCAGAGUGAGGAGGAAGAGGAGGAGGAACCUCCAAAGUCCAUCAAGCCUGAUAAAAACAAGAUCAACAAGAAGGAGGAUGAGGAAGACACCAAGAAGAAGAGCAAGAAAAAUGAGAAGAACAAAGGGAAACAGCAGAGAGGAGGCUCAGCCUUUGCCAUCUUGGCUCAGAGUGAUGAGGAAGAAGCUGAUGAGGAAGUAAGGAAGCCCAAGGACAGGUCAAAGACUGACACCAAGUCUGAUGAAACUGACAAAAAACCCAAAGGGAAGAAGAACCAACCAACUAAGAACAUGUUUGCUGCUCUGGAACUUGAGGAGAUGGACAGUGACGAGGAGGAGGGGGAAGAGGAGGAGGAAGAGGAGGAAUCCACAAAGAGCAAAGAGAAGUCCAAGCAGAGCAGCCAGCCGCAAUCGGAGGACAAUGAAGAGGACGGGGAGAAGAAGGAGGAUGACCCCUAUGCACACCUCAGCAAAAAAGAAAAGAAGAAACUCAAGAAACAGAUGGAGUUUGAGCGGCAGGUGGCAACCCUGAAAGCAGUCAGUGCGGCAGAGAAUGACUUCUCCUUGUCACAGGCAGAAAUGUCCUCACGACAAGCUAUGCUGGAGAAUGCCUCGGACAUCAAGCUGGAGAAGUUCAGCAUCUCGGCUCACGGCAAAGAGCUGUUUGUCAAUGCAGACCUCUUCAUUGUGGCUGGGCGCCGCUAUGGCCUAGUGGGGCCUAAUGGGAAAGGCAAGACCACCUUGCUGAAACACAUUGCCAACCGGGCCCUGAGCAUCCCUCCCAAUAUCGAUGUGCUGCUCUGUGAACAAGAGGUGAUUGCGGAUGAGACCCCCGCGGUGCAAGCCGUGCUCAAAGCUGACACCAAGCGGCUGAAGCUGCUGGAGGAGGAGAAGCAACUGCAGGCCCUGCUGGAGAAGGGGGAUGACACCGCAGCGGAGCGGCUGGAGAAGAUCUAUGAGGAAUUGCGGGCCACGGGAGCGGCAGCGGCUGAGGCCAAAGCUCGGAGAAUCCUGGCUGGUUUGGGAUUCAAUCCCGAGAUGCAGAACCGGCAAACCAAGAAGUUCUCCGGGGGCUGGCGCAUGAGGGUGUCCCUGGCCAGAGCACUGUUCAUGGAGCCCACAUUGCUGAUGCUUGACGAGCCCACCAACCACUUGGACCUCAAUGCCGUCAUCUGGCUUAACAACUACCUCCAGACAUGGAAGAAAACCCUCCUCAUCGUUUCCCACGACCAGGGCUUCUUGGACGACGUGUGCACAGACAUCAUUCAUCUAGACAUGCAAAAGCUCUUCUACUACCGCGGGAACUAUAUGACAUUCAAGAAGAUGUAUCAGCAGAAACAGAAAGAGCUGCUGAAGCAGUACGAGAAGCAAGAGAAGAAGCUGAAAGACCUCAAGGCUGGAGGGAAGUCCACGAAGCAGGCAGAAAAGCAGACGAAGGAGGCCCUGACACGCAAGCAGCAGAAGUGCCGCAAGAAGAACCCGGACGAGGAGGCCAAUGAGAUCCCGGAACUCCUGAAGCGGCCCAAGGAGUAUACCGUGAAAUUCACCUUUCCGAACCCGCCACCCCUCAGCCCGCCCAUUCUGGGCCUGCACGGUGUGGACUUCACUUAUGCAGGGCAGAAGCCUCUCUUCAAAAAUUUGGACUUUGGGAUUGACAUGGAGUCUCGAAUUUGUAUCGUAGGCCCCAAUGGUGUGGGAAAGAGUACGCUGCUGCUGCUGCUAACAGGGAAGCUAACGCCGACAAGAGGGGAAAUGAGGAAAAACCACAGGCUAAAAAUUGGCUUCUUCAAUCAGCAGUAUGCUGACCAGCUGAACAUGCAGGAAACAGCGACAGAAUACUUGCAACGCAACUUCAACUUGCCGUACCAGGAUGCACGCAAAUGCCUGGGGCGGUUUGGCCUGGAGAGCCAUGCCCACACCAUCCAGAUCUGCAAGCUGUCCGGAGGACAGAAAGCGCGUGUGGUAUUUGCGGAACUGGCUUGCAGAGAACCAGAUGUCCUCAUUUUGGAUGAACCUACAAAUAACCUGGAUAUCGAGUCAAUUGACGCUUUGGCAGAUGCCAUCAACGAUUAUAAAGGGGCUGUGAUUGUGGUCAGCCACGAUGCCAGGCUUAUCACAGAGACCAACUGCCAUCUGUGGGUGGUGGAGGACCAGACCGUCAACCAGAUAGAUGGCGACUUUGAAGACUACAAACGUGAAGUGCUGGAGGCCUUGGGUGAAGUACUCGUCAAUCGACCCCGGGAAUAAGGCAGACAGAGGCAGUUGCCAGCGAUGCCCGGGGCCUCCUUUCAUUUGCCCAGUGAUGAAACAGGACUCUGCCCUCUCUUGAUGAACCAAGGACUCUAAUGGCUGAUCUGCCAGUGGGGGAGUGGGAGGAGAUGCUUGAACAGGUCCUUGAUUUCCUCUCCUCGCCAUGCAGGAAUGCAGAGGUGUUGAGGGGCUUGGAGAAAGGCAGGUGCCCCUCAGAAUGGCUUACAUUCUGUGAAGCAGACAUUUUGGAGAACCUCUCAUUUUACAGUUCUGCGCUCUUCCUUCCCUGCCUCUCUCCCUUUUGGAAUAGUUGCAGAGUCAUAUAAACUUAUUAAAUUAAAAUGUGAUGAACAA